GCCGUCUAGGAAGCCGCGGCGGGUCGCCCAGCUGGGGCAGUCGGAGCCCCGCCAGAGCGUCGGGAUUCAGCUCCGCUUGCCGGCGCGAUGCCUCUGUUCACUGCCAACCCGUUCGAGCAAGAUGUGGUCUCUCAUGUGCCAGAAAAGCACUUUCCCACUCUGCUACAUCCCUGUCUUCUUUCCUCGGUUGCCUGCUGUCCCUAACUCUGACAUCUGCUUAAAGAGAUGGAGUCUGUCUUCCAAAACUCCUGAGGUCAAGGGAUCCUCCAGCCUCACCCUCCCAGAAAAAGCCACAAAUGAGUACAACACCACAGAAGACUGGAGUCUGAUCAUGGACAUCUGUGACAGGGUUGGAAGCACUCCCAGUGGAGCAAAAGAUUGCCUAAAAGCCAUAAUGAAAAGGGUAAACCAUAAGGUUCCUCACGUUGCUCUGCAGGCGCUAACCCUUCUUGGAGCUUGUGUGGCAAACUGUGGAAAGAUAUUUCAUUUAGAAGUAUGUUCCCGUGAUUUUGCAACGGAAGUACGUUCUGUGAUAAAAAAUAAGGCUCAUCCUAAAGUAUGUGAAAAACUAAAAUCUCUAAUGGUGGAGUGGUCAGAAGAAUUCCAGAAGGACCCCCAGUUUAGUCUGAUAUCUGCAACUAUUAAGUCUAUGAAAGAAGAAGGGGUUACUUUUCCUUCAGCAGGCUCCCAGACUGUCUCGGCUGCUGCCAAAAACGGGACAUCAUUGAACAAAAACAAAGAAGAUGAGGACAUAGCUAAAGCUAUUGAGUUAUCAUUGCAAGAGCAGAAGCAACAGUACACGGAGACAAAGGCUUUGUACCCACCUGCAGAGAGUCAGUUAAAUAACAAGGCUGCACGGAGAGUCAGAGCUUUAUACGACUUUGAAGCUGCUGAGGACAACGAACUCACCUUUAAACAUGGUGAGAUCAUUACUGUUUUGGAUGACAGUGACGCCAACUGGUGGGAAGGAGAGAAUCACAGAGGAACAGGACUCUUCCCCUCCAACUUUGUAACGACUGACUUAAGCUCAGAGGCUGAGACAGCAACGGUGGACAAAUUGAAUGUAAUUGAUGGUGAUGUGGAGGAAAUUAAGAAAUCAGAACCUGAGCCUGUUUAUAUAGAUGAGGGUAAAAUGGAUAGAGCCCUGCAGAUUCUCCAGAGCAUAGAUCCAAAAGAUUCAAACCCCGACUCCCAAGACCUCUUGGACUUGGAAGAUAUUUGCCAACAGAUGGGUCCGAUGAUAGAUGAAAAACUGGAAGAGAUUGAUAGGAGGCAUUCAGAACUGUCUGAGUUGAAUGUAAAGGUGCUGGAAGCCCUGGACCUAUACAACAAGUUGGUGAAUGAAGCGCCUGUGUACUCGGUCUAUUCAAAGCUGCACCCGGCACAUUACCCGCCCGCAGCAGCAGCAGCAGCAGCAGCUGGGGUUCCAGUACAGACAUAUCCAGUCCAGUCGCAUGGUGGAAACUACCUGGGUCACGGCAUUCACCAAGUGUCUGUUGCCCAGAACUAUAACCUAGGACCUGAUCCUAUGGGCUCGCUGAGAUCUCUGCCUCCAAACAUGAACUCAGUAACAGCACACACCGUCCAACCUCCAUACUUAAGCACUGGACAGGACACUGUCUCCAAUCCUUCUUACAUGACCCUGAGCUCUCGUCUUCAGGCAGCUGCUGGGACAGCUGCUUACACACAGCCCGUAGGGAUGUCUGCAGAUGUGUCUUCUUUCCAGAACACAGCAUCCGGUCUGCCUCAGCUGGCCGGCUUUCCAGUGGCAGUUUCUGCACCUCCAGCUGCACAGCCACCAGCAAGCUACCACCAGCAGCCACUCCUGUAGAGACACACCAGGACCUGCUCAACGGCUUCGUGGGUGUGCCGUUUAACCCAGGGGAUUCUAAUCUGAAAUAUUAAAAGUUUCCCCUCUCAGUCAAAAAGAACCAUGAAUAAAUAAAGCACAAAACCCCACCUUACCCUGAAAGGCCAUAAAA